CGUCGCAUAACUUGACCCUCUGCAGAACUAUCUUGGGGAAGCUGAAGUAAAAAUUUAAACAUGGCGGAAACCGUAACCCUAGAUUCCUCUACCCAUCCACCUCAACUUCCCGACGAAAAUCCUACCGGAAACGAUGACGAAGACAUGCUCGACGCCCCUAAAUCCACUAAAAGUUCUGAUUCGGAUUCCGACUCAGAGGAUGACGCACAGCAGAAUCUACAAAUUCAAGCUCUACAAACGGAGCUCUUAAAUAACCCUUCCAAUUACGAUGCUCAUGUUCAAUACAUAAAAGCUUUAAGGAAGCAAGGGGAUAUAGAGAAGCUUAGACAAGCGAGGGAAGCCAUGAAUGCUAUUUUUCCUUUGAGUUUUGAGAUGUGGCAGGAGUGGACUAAAGACGAGACGUCUCUUUCUUCGGGACCCGAGGCUCUCCCUGCAAUUGAGAAGCUAUUUGAGCGUGGGGUGUCUGACUAUCUUUCUGUUGCUUUGUGGUGUGACUACUUAAGUUUUGUUCAAGAGCAUGACCAAUCAGUCCGUACACGUUCCGUCGGUGGAAUUUCAAAGGCAAGAAAUCUCUUUGAGCGUGCCCUUGUAGCUGCUGGUUUGCAUGUUGCUGAAGGCAGCAGGAUAUGGGAAUUAUACAGGGAAUUCGAACAAGAUCUUUUCCUCACAAUUGAUGAAACUGAUGCGGACUUGAGAGAGAAGCAGGUCCAGCGGAUUAGGAAUUUAUUCCAUCGCCAGUUGUCUGUCCCUCUUGCUGAUAUAAGUUCAACUCUUCACACAUACAAGGCUUGGGAAGCAAAACAGGGAGCCGAUCUUGAUGUAGACUCCAGUAACUUGGAUGGGCUUUCGCCACAUGUUGCCUCUUCAUAUCAGAAGGCCCUCGACAUGAUGAAUGCCAGGACUCAUCUUGAGAAUCAAAUAUCUUGUGAAGUUGCACCUGAAUCGGAAAGGCUUCAAAACUUUAUGGCUUACUUAAAAUUUGAGCAAUCGUUGGGGGAUCCAGCGAGGAUACAGAUCUUGUAUGAGCGUGCCAUAACUGAAUUUCCUAUAUCUAGUGAACUCUGGCUUGAUUAUACUCACUACAUGGAUAAAACCUUGAAGACCUCCAGUCUUGUUCGGGACAUUUACAAAAGGGCGACAAGGAACUGUCCCUGGAUUGGAGACCUGUGGGUGCGAUACUUGCUGUCUCUUGAACGCAGUCGUGCUUCUGAGGAAGAGCUAUCUGCUGUUUUCGAGAAGGCCCUACAGUGCACUUUCUCAAGCUUUGAAGAGUAUCUUGAUGUAUUUCUCACAAGAGUUGAUGGCUUAAGGCGGAGGUUGUCUUCGUUGGAAUCUGGGACUGAAAGCAGCGACUUAGAUUAUAUAAUUAUACGGGAAACUUUUCAGCGUGCUUCAGAUUAUUUGUCUCCACAUCUGAAGAAUACAGAAAGUUUAUUGCGGAUGUAUAGAUAUUGGAGCCGCUUAGAAUCAACUCUGGGGAAAGAUCUAGCUGCAGCUCGUCGUGUCUGGGAGAGCCUGCUUAAGAUCAGCGGAUCUACGCUAGAGGCGUGGCAAGGAUACAUAGCUAUGGAAGUUGAGAUGGGUAAAAUUAGUGAAGCUCGAUCCCUCUUUAAGAGAUGCUACAGUAAACGAUUCCCUGGGAGUGGCUCGGAGGACAUAUGCAAUUCAUGGAUUCGCUUCGAGAGAGAGUAUGGUGCACUUGAAGACUUUGACUUUGCCGUUAAAAAGGUCACUCCUCGCCUUGAAGAACUGCAGUUAUUCAAGUUACAAGAGGCUAAGAACAUUGGUGUGCCAGCAGAUGAUAGAGACAAUUCCUCGAGGAAAAAUGUGCGUGAAAAGAGGAAGCCAGUAUCAAAUUUAAUUGAAGAACAAUCUCCUGCUAAACGUCACAAAGAUAAAACUAAGAAUGUUAAGAUCACUUCUGAAGAUGGUAAAGGCCAAGCUAAAGACUCAGUCAAGGUAAAUAAUACAAAUCCAGAUGUGGAUGCCAGCAAACCAGCGAGUGGAAGCAAAAAAGAAAACAAAGAUGUUUCUUCCGGAAAACCAAAGCAGUAUAAUGACCAGUGUACUGCAUUUGUAUCUAAUCUUAACCUCAAGGCAACGUAUGACGACCUACGCAGAUUCUUUAGUGAUGUUGGAGGAGUGGUUGCUAUACGAAUAUUGAAUGACAAGUUCACUGGAAAGUCAAGGGGAUUGGCUUAUGUGGAUUUCUCGGAUGACAAACACCUGGCUGCAGCCGUGGCAAAAAACAAGCAGACCUUGCUUGGGAAGAGAUUGAGCAUUGCUAAGUCAGAUCCCAAAGGCAGAAAAAAAGGAAGCGAUUCUCACAGCGCGUCUUCAAGACAAGGUGAAGGUGCUGAGCAAACUACUGAGAGUUCAAAAUCAGGUGCCAAGGAUUCUGCUGAAGGUUCCAAGGAGGGCAAGGGGCAACCUUCUAGUCAUCAGCGGGCAACUAAUAUCCAGCUCAAAGGUAAAAAUACGUUUGCGGUGCCCAGAACUGUCAGGCCUCUUGGUUGGGUUGACAAAGAUAAACCCAAAUCAGAAGAAACUGAUGCUACGGAAGAUGAAAUUCCUAAAUCCAAUGAUGAAUUUCGGAAAAUGUUCAUCAAAUCUUGACAUAACUAGAAAGGUGAAAAAGCACCUAAAUAUAGUUGUAUGUCGUGAUUAGGAUGUCAACUUUAGUAAGCUCUCUAUAGAUUUAUGUAUCACCGGUUUUAUAACCUGUUAUGAGUAUAUUAUGAAGUUGAAAGUUUGUGAUCUGCCAGCCAGUUCUAAAUUCAACAUUUUUGAAGGUUCACAAUUUGAGUUUAUGACCGGUGGAUGUUAGGUCACAGUUAGGUGGAAAUUCUUUGACGGUUGGAUCCUGAAGCGUAGUAAAUUAAUGAUUGUGUUGUAAUAGUAAAAUCCUGGUUUUGUAAUU